GUCGACACAUCUCAGAGAGAACUCAGAAGGGAGCGGUUAAAAUUCCCAUUUUCUACAAAGUCAGCCAAGAUCCAGUCACACGCUCGAGCAAUACUGUCAGCUGAGUCAUUUUUGCUGUAUCGCUGAGUAAGAUGAAUGCAGUACUCCGCGGUAUCCUCAGAGGCCGAUGGGCUGGCUUGAUUAUCGGGGUCGUAAUAGGGGGCUUUGUGGCACGAAUCUUUAUGGUUCCGGAAGUUCCUUACGUCAUGACACGCGGCAAAGAUUACCUAAAAAGCCCCGAAAGGCUGUUCCACGUCUACGAAGGGCCGAAGAAGUCGCUACAGAACUUCUUUUCCGAAGAUGCCCGAUGGUUCAAAGAAAGGCCCCCAGCCGCAGGUCAGCCAAGAAAGAUUCUGUUGGACUGCGGUGCUAACGUGGCGUCCACAGUCCAGUUUUUUAGGGAGACCUACCCAGACGGUCAGGACUUCAUCAUACACUCCUUCGAGAUAGACGAGAGGCUGGCGCCGUUCUUUGCGCCGUACCCGAAUCACGUGCUACAUUGUCCUACCGGGGUGUCCAACAAGGACGGAAAUAUGACUGCUUACUCGGAGUCAGCCUGGUCACCAGACAAGGGAAAGAACAGCGCCGUAGACAUGCAGUGGGGAGGGGGGUCACUCUUCGCUUGGGCUAAUGAGAAAAAAGACACCGAGACAGGCGGCACACGUAAGUUGGCCCAUCAUCGAACGGUGCCGACAGUCGACCUUUCCCGCUGGAUCCAGGAAAACACGGAGGUUGAGGACUACGUCAUCUUCAAGCUUGACGUGGAGGGUGCAGAGUAUGAUAUUUUAAAAAAGAUGCUGGAAGACGGAACCUUCAAGUGGGUGGACAAGUUUUACGGGGAGUAUCACUCCUGGCAGCCUGUCACAGGCUGGAACAAAGCACAAAUGGCAGAACUUGAGUCGGAUGUGCAGACGAAAGGCAAACCUAUGAUGGAAUGGGCGGCCGAGUACAGAAAAUAUGAUGACUUUGACACCUUACAUCCUUCGUUGGCAUCCGACAGGUUUGUCGGCUCUCCGGGCACAGUCUACUCCGAGUGCCAUGCUGCCACAUCGGGGCCCCCUCGCCUUACACUGGCAGUUCUAGUCGGUAUGAACGCUAAGGCCGCACACAAGUUGGUAGAGACCAUAGCAGCUCAUUCGAGCAGGAUGCCGGUCACACUCUUCGUCUAUGGAGACUUCGUGGAAACGUUUCCCAAACUGGUGAAGGAAUGGGCCAAAACUUUCACAAUAGGCAUGCGCGAGAGCCAACCGUUUCCGCUAGGACAGUUUACGCUACAGUCACCGUCCUGGAUCCAGACAGGGUUGGUUAGUGCGAUGCAACGCUUGAGCGAAGUGGAUCUGCAAACAGCCUAUUAUUUCCCUGUAAAGGUGACAAACGCCGUGAUACAAAAAGCCAAGUCUCGUGGCCUGAGGAUUAUUCAACCGACAGCUCGCUUCCCUCCAACCGAUGAGAAAUGGUACCUGUCUGUUGAGAACUACUACAGGUACAGAGAUGUCGAGAGGGUUCCCAAAGCUCUUCGCUUCAUCACCCAACAGCUGGACAACAAGGGAGGCAUCGUCAGUCUGGACUCGGACCACCCGGACAGUUACAUGAUAUCGGUCUUUCUCAUGGACUAUUUGGUCGAGAAGUCCGGUUACAACCUAGUGAGCAUUGUGGAUUGUUUGAGGUAGAUUUUGUAAUAUCGUUUGUCGCCACAAAAUCUUUCUUUAUCCUUUAUUCCAGGUAUGAAAACCCAUUGACCCACAAAAAGAUUUACUCUGAAAAUGACAGAAUAAAUUCAUAAUUUUUCGCAACAGGUUUCUGAAAGGCAUAUUUUACAAAAUUCACCAAUUUCAGGUUUAUGAUCAAAGAUCACGGAUUAAAGUCAUUUGGCUUCUAUUGAUCUAAAUUGUUCUGAAAUACUAAAACAAAGUAUAUUGAAAAAUCUAGAGACAUAUUUUAUUGGGACUGUUACGCCAAUGUUACAGGUUCUUUACGAUUGAAUGAUGCCGAGACGAUGAUGCAUAUUCACAAUUCUUUAUUCGCCACUCUCUCCAAGAUGUUUACAGUCUUCUUCUCUGGAUUACAAAUCCAGACUCCCUUCUUCUCUGGACCUCCAGUCCAGACUGCCUGUCUAACCCACUUUUUUUUCCUGACUACCCUCCUGUCUCAGCCGGGGCUAGUUCUCUAAAUUUUCGGGAGGGGAUAUCUUACAACUGCUUUUCUCAUGUAUUCUAUUCUACUCUAUUCAAAACUUACAACUGGGACUAAGGUUUUGAAAAGAAAUACAAUGGCGUGGCUGAAUCAUAACUUUUAACAAUAGGCCAUGGUGUUGCGACAUUCAGUUUAUCAUGAUUCUAACCACAAAAAAAUGAAAGUUUCCUUCUGUUAAAUUAAGCUUCAUACUUACAAAAGUUGGAUCUCUUGUUUCACAUUUUUAACAAGAUCAUACUUGUAGUUCGAUAGUGGGCUUACAGCAAGUAUAAUGUCUAGGGUACCUUGAAUAAGUUGAGACCAUUUAUGUAUAAAUACAAAUACAAGGUAAUUGCUAAAUAUGUUCAUUGCAGCACAAGUCAUGUAACAUUUAUCUCACCAUACGGCAUGAAAAACAACCUAUUUCUCAAAAUCUGCAUUUUCAACUAAAUAUUCUUGGGAUUCACUUUAUAUUUUAGAGAUACCAAAUAACAAUUAGCACAGAAAAAUAACAAGUAGAGUCAAUUCCACAUUACCAAAGUAACUGUUUAGAACUAUUCGUAACAUCCGUGUAGUGUUCUUGGUAUUAUCUGCUGCAUUCAUAGAAGAAUUUCUAACAAUCAUUAAAUAUAUUAUUUCUGUUAGUUUCAACAUAGAUUUAUCAUUUGUUAUUACAUGUUCGAACAUUGAUAACGUUCGACAUGUUUUGUAUCUGGGGCAGUGGGCUGGAAAGUGGGCAAUUCACACAUUCCUGCCCAGUACAGGAAACUGUGUGUGUCUGCCACCUUCUUACAAAAGACUCACCAGUGUCUUCUGAAGAAAAUCUAAAUAUACAAGAUCAAAACAAAGGGCCCAGCUUAGCAGCUUUGCUAAUGUUGGCAAUAAAAGUUUUUAUGGAAGGAAAAAAUGACAUAAAUUGUUGGAACAGUUGGAACAAUUACAAAAUCACAUAGAUGUUUGAAAAUUGUUCCAAAUAAAGAUACUAGUAUAUUGAUAUUAUUAAUUUUCCAAUGUUUCAACAAAUAUGAAUAGGAUCGAACAUGUUCAAACUUACAUUUUGAAUUGUUUGAACAAUUUAGAACUAUAGUGACUGAAGUACUCUUUUACUUAGUUGAAACGUAUUACAAAUAUUAUUUUAAAACCCUCUCGGUGAAUCGGAAUUGACUCUAUACAUGUAUCCAACAAAUGCAUGAAGAUACACAUUAUGCAUGUUGAUCCAGCAGUAUCUAUUCAAGCAUUUUGAAAUGUUACAAACUUUCUAUAUAUUACCUAUACAACCAAGAUUUACACAUUGAAAGAAUGGUAUGCGUGUUGUGCAAUUGUUAUUUUAAUGUUAAGUAAUUUUCUCGAUAGCCUCAACUACUGUUCCAAAACUAAGGGAAUAACAAAAACAAGGUAAAGUCAAAGAUACAUGUAAAUGAUAAGUAAGUUGGAAUGCAUUGACAUAGUCUUACAAGAUUGAAUUAAUUCAAUUUAAAUAAUUUCUUUUAUUUUGCUGUCCAAGGGUAGUGAUCCUGGUAUACCAUAUUGUAUCGUGCCCGUUACAAUUCAAAUAAAGAAAGA